AUGUCUAGCUCUGCAAAAUCUUUGGAACCUGCAUUUCAAGGAGCGGGUCAGAGAAUGUAUCCUUACAAUGGGACUGAAAUUUGGAGAAUUGAGAAUUUCCAGCCAGUUCCUUUGCCAAAAUCUGGCUAUGGUAAAUUCUACUCCGGUGAUUCAUACAUUAUAUUGCAGACCACUCCUGGCAAGGGAGGUGCUUAUUUAUAUGACAUACACUUUUGGCUUGGAAAAGAUACUAGCCAGGAUGAAGCUGGAACGGCAGCUAUAAAAACUGUGGAACUGGAUGCAGUUCUUGGGGGGCGUGCAGUACAGCACAGAGAAGUUCAAGGUCAUGAGUCGGACAAAUUUUUGUCGUACUUCAAACCAUGUAUUAUACCACAGGAGGGUGGUGUUGCCUCUGGAUUCAAGAAACCAGAGGAGGAAGAGUUUGAAACACGGUUAUAUGUCUGCAGAGGAAAACGAGUUGUCAGAUUGAAGCAGGUCCCUUUUUCUCGAUCCUCGCUUAAUCAUGAUGAUGUGUUUAUCCUGGACUCUAAAGAUAAGAUUUUUCAAUUCAAUGGUGCAAACUCCAAUAUACAAGAAAGGGCCAAGGCAUUGGAAGUAAUCCAGUUUUUAAAGGACCAGUAUCACGAGGGGAAGUGUGAAGUUGCAAUUGUUGAUGAUGGAAAACUACAAGCCGAGUCAGAUUCUGGUGAAUUCUGGGUCAUCUUUGGUGGAUUUGCUCCAAUUGGAAAAAAGGUAGCUAGUGAAGAUGACGUUAUCCUGGAGAAAACUCUUCCCAAACUCUAUAGCAUUGAUGAUGGUCAAGUUAAGGGUGUAGAUGGUGAACUUUCCAAGUCUUUAUUGGAAAACAACAAAUGCUAUCUAUUGGAUUGUGGGGCUGAGGUGUUUAUUUGGGUCGGUCGGGUAACACAAGUGGAGGAUCGGAAAGCUGCCAGCCAAGCUGCUGAGGAAUUUGUUGCUAGCCAAAACAGGCCAAAGUCAACACGUAUGAUCCAGCUAAUUCAAGGUUAUGAAACACAUUCCUUCAAGUCCAACUUUGAUACCUGGCCAUCAGGUUCAGCACCUUCUGCUUCUGAGGAGGGAAGAGGAAAAGUAGCAGCUAUGCUAAAGCAGCAAGGAGUUGGUGUCAAAGGAGUGACCAAAGGUGCUCCUGUAAAUGAAGAAGUCCCACCUUUGCUUGAAGGUGGUGGAAAAAUUGAGGUAUGGCGUAUUAAUGGAAGUGCCAAGACCUCAGUGCUCAAAGAGGACAUUGGCAAAUUUUACAGUGGAGAUUGCCACAUCAUUCUUUACACCUACCAUUCUAAUGAUAAGAAAGAAGAUUACUACUUGUGCUGUUGGAUUGGAAAGGAUAGCAUCGAGGAAGACCGAAAAAUGGCUGCUCGGUUGGCUACUACAAUGUCCAACUCACUGAAGGGCAGACCUGUGCAGGGUCGCGUAUUCCAAGGGAAAGAGCCACCACAAUUCGUUGCUAUCUUUCAGCCUAUGGUGGUCCUUAAGGGUGGAAUGAGUUCUGGGUACAAACACUAUAUAGCAGACAAGGGUUUGAAUGAUGAAACUUACACUACCGAUUGUGUUGCACUCAUUCGGAUAUCAGGAACUUCUGUGCAUAACAAUAAAGUUGUGCAAGUUAAUGCGAGCUAUUUACCUUCCAUAAUGAUGGCGCAGCCAUUGGUUGCAACCUCAUUGAACUCAAAUGAGUGUUUCCUUCUACAAUCUGGCUCUUCAAUAUUUAGUUGGCAUGGAAAUCAGAGUACCUUUGAGCAGCAGCAGUUGGCUGCAAAAGUUGCAGAAUUUUUUAAGGUUGCAACCUCAUUGAACUCAAAUGAGUGUUUCCUUCUACAAUCUGGCUCUUCAAUAUUUAGUUGGCAUGGAAAUCAGAGUACCUUUGAGCAGCAGCAGUUGGCUGCAAAAGUUGCAGAAUUUUUUAAGCCUGGGGCAGCUCUGAAACAUACUAAAGAAGGAACCGAGAGCUCAACUUUUUGGUUUGCACUUGGAGGAAAACAAAGUUACCCCAGCAAAAAAUUAGCCCAGGAGAUUGUUAGAGAUCCCCACUUGUUUACGUUCUCAUUCAAUAAAGGAAACUUUGAGGUUGAGGAAGUUCACAAUUUUUCUCAAGAUGACCUGUUGACUGAGGAUAUCUUAAUUCUAGACACGCAUGCUGAGAUCUUUAUUUGGGUUGGUCAGUCUGUAGACCCCAAAGAAAAGCAAAGUGCUUUUGAAAUUGGGCAGAAAUACAUUGAGAUGGCUUUAUCUUUGGAGGGUUUGUCUCCGAAUGUGCCCCUGUACAAAGUCACAGAAGGAAACGAGCCUUGCUUCUUCACAGCAUUUUUUUCAUGGGAUCCUGCAAAAGCAACUGUUUAUGGAAAUUCAUUUCAAAAGAAGGUUAUGCUUCUUUUCGGGGCAGGUCAUGCUGUGGAGAACAAGUCCAAUGGGACAAACCAGGGAGGACCAACUCAAAGAGCUUCAGCCUUAGCUGCGUUAAACUCUGCAUUUAGUUCAUCUCCUGGGCCAAAAUCUACUGUUGCCAGGAGGCCAUCAGGAGCAGGCCAGGGAUCACAGAGAGCUGCUGCAGUGGCUGCUUUAUCAUCAGUUCUUAGUGCUGAACAGAAGCGGUCACCUGAGGCCUCUCCUGCCCAAUCUAGUAGAAGUCUGCCAGCUGAAGCUAGCCAUCCUGUGGAAACGAGGAGUGAAAAUGCGGUUUCUGAGGUUGUGGAUUCUAAUGAAUCUUUGGAAGUUAAGGAGACAGAGACUGUCACUGAUAUAGUUGAACAUGUCUCGGAGGUUAAUGGAGACGAGUCAGGACCGAAGCCAGAGGCAGAACAGGAUGAGAAUGGUAGUGAAAGUACUCAAAGCAUGUUUAUUUAUGAACAGCUGAAGGCUAAAUCUGACAACCCAGUGACUGGAAUUGAUUUCAAAAGACGAGAGGCUUAUCUGUCUAAUGAGGAAUUCCAGGCUGUACUGGGGAUGACGAAAGAAGCAUUCUAUAAAUUGCCUAAAUGGAAGCAAGAUAUGCACAAGAGGAAAGUUGAUCUAUUCUAGAAACUUGAAUUCACCCAAAUCGAGUGACUCUCUGUUGAAGUAGCAUAGUUCUUAUAGGUUCACCAUGCUCAGAUUGGCAUAUCUUGUGUUUUGCUGUCUGCCUUUUGAUGACCCUAGCUGUACUAUCUAUUGGUUUUGAUUAUGUUGUGCCCGCUUGAAGAGUGUUCCCCCCCACCCCCCCACCCCCCUCUUUUUUGACUGCUGUUGCAU